AUGCCUGUCUCCACACGACGGUCGCUGGCAGCGCAAGCUGAUGAAGUUGACCAGUCGGCCGCGGGGCAACCAGAUGUCACUACAAUCAUGAAUGAUUUAGCGGGCAAUAUUUCCCAAACGCCUGCACGCAAACAUCCCCGGCCUUCUGGUGACUUGGAACAAUCGCGCAGCUCUCCUAAAAAGAUGCUUACCGUUGAUCUUCGCCAUCCUAGAAGCGCUAACAGCACUCCAGGUGUACCUUCUCCUCGACGAACCUCAGGCAAACUGAAAACACGAGCCUCGUUGCCUGCGCCAACGCCGGCCCGUAGCCGCAUGAACUGGCAGCCAGACGACGAUGAUAUAGAGCAAGGUGUUGAGGUGCCCAUAGAAUUGCCCAAGAAGUCGAUACUUUUGGGGAAGCGCAAACCUCCUGACAAGUCUCCAUUCAAGGGGAAGGGAACAUUGCAGACCAAGAGCUCGGCGCGGGUGAACCUCGACGACUCCCCACCGAAAUCCAGUCGACAACAAAACCUGGAUAAGAUUUCCAAAUCUCUGUUGAAACACACGCGGCCGAACAAGAAGACGGUACAAUUGAAGAGAGUCAAGAAUGCAACGAGACAGUUAGCAUUGACACCUCGACGAUCGGGUAGACCUACCAUAGCAGCUGGCGAUCCCUUUCAAGAUGCGCAACAAGACGAUGACCCUAUAACGCCUGGACUGGGAAAUCAGCCUCCGGAGCGGCAGUCUCAGAAAGAGUUCUCGCCCUUAAAAGCAGAUCGCAGAGCAAAGCGCAAAGUUGUCUUCAGAGAAGAGCAACAAGCACCACCUUCUGGGCAAGGCGACAAUCAAGAAUCGAGCGACGAGCCGUCGAAUUCUCUUCCAAGGAUUGAGAACACCAAGAUUCCCAAAUUGAUUCCUACUCAGGUGGAAGAACUAGACGGUAACGAAGACGACGCAGACGAGAUCGUUGCAGAAGCCGACGAUGGCCAGCAUGAAGAUCCUCAAGAACAGGAGGAGCAAUAUGCCGAUAUUUCACUUCCACCGCCGCCGCCACCUCCCCGCCCAGAUACUGAAGCCCAGCAACGAGCUAGAGAAGUUGCGGAAGCCGAGCAAAAAGAGAAAGAAGAACGUGCAAGACAGAAAGCGCUUCGGGGCAUACAAAAGGCGCUCGAGUUCAGUGAGCUAACAGAGCCAUGGGUCGAGGUUCUCGUUGGUGUUGCAAACGUUGAGGAUGGUCGAUCUACCUCUCAGGAAGAAUCAGCAAGGGGAAAGGGCGUACGCCGCAAGAUUGAUAAAAUCCAUCAAGAUUACCGUGAACUCAGGAGAGGCAAUACUCUGUCGAGCUUGGGCUUUGAUCAAAGGACUGCAGAAAAUAUGAAAGUCCUGAAGAAACGUUGUGCCGAUAUCAAUGAACUCAGAUCACAAGACCAUCUUCAGGACCGUGAAAGACUACGGACAGUUCGCGAUGUGUACCAGACUCUGAUUCCAAGUGCGGUCCGGCUGGCUAAGGAGGUCCUCAGAGCCCGCUUUGUUGACAAUGUCCUCGGUUUUGAGGCUCAUAAAGAACUUCUACGAUUUUUAAAGAUUGCAAGUGCUUUGAUUGAAACAGCACGGCAGUGGAGCCCCAGACCCGCAUUGGAUAAUGGAAUCAAAUCCAUUGUUGAAGGUAUUGACACGAAUCUUAAUAGCAUCAUCUCCAAAUACGAGGAUGUUGUUCUGGCCGGAAGAGCCGCGGCACAUAGAGAGAAGUUAGCCUUACGACAGAAGGCAGACGAGGAACGGUUGCUAGCCGCGAAGCAAGAAAGGGAUGCUGAGCUCAAGGCCAUACGGAGAGAGCAGCGAGCGCAAUACUACGAGAAAGCAUCUCGGCGCCAGCAGCGGCCGACAAGCGAGUAUGUCCUUCGUGUUGACGACACUACCGUGCGUCCGUCUUGGCCGAGGGACAGGAGACAGGCUACUCCCACAGAAGAGAUUCCGCCUCCUGCUCAGACCAGAUGGACAGAUGAACAGACAAUAGUUUUACUUGAGGCACUUCAAAAGUUCAGGGAUGCCAGCCGGUUUGAAGAUAUUUUUGAGCAUCAUGGUGGACCGCAGGGCAAGUUGCGAAACUUCGAUAUGGAUCAACUGAUGGCUCAAGCGAGAUAUAUAAAACGAAGCAUGAGCGAUCAUUUGGCAAAACAAAGCCCAUCGGAUCCUCAAUGGUCAUGGUUGAUCAGCUGUCCUUGA